GGCAGUCCUUAGCCAAAGAUUGACGUCGACUUGACGUUUUAAUUAAAAAAAACUACAAACACUCAUGUUAUUGCUUUCCAUGUUGAUCUAAGGAAUCUAUAAAAUUAAUUUUUGCGAAUAAGCAGAUCGUAUAGCUGUAAAAUGACGAAGCGGUCUAACCCAUUUAUUGAGGACUUCGUGCAGCAGAGCAAAGUCCACGUCGGAAUGAAACAAUUCAAUAACAACGAAGACCGACUGCAGAAAGUGUACGAGAAAACCCUAGAACUACUGUUCCGUGGCGCAAAGAUGCCUACAAAGAGUGUUGAGGUGCCAAUAGAAAAUGAAAGCAGAAAAGAUGGUUUUAAGCAGUUGUUCCUUGGGAAAAAUGGUCAUCUCCAGCAAACUGGUGCUGUGACAAAGCCCAUCACCCAGAAGUGUCUGUGCGGGGCCGUGUCAGAGGACCGCUGCUCCUAUUGCGAGAAGGAGCUAUGCGGGGCCUGCCAGCAUCCCUGCGAGCGCUGCCAGCUCCGCUACUGCAACCACUGCUGUCUGACAGGGUCUGAAGGCUCGGAGAUAUGUGUGUCUUGUUAUAGUUAAUUUAUUUCUCUUUGUUUUAGAUAUGAUUUAGUAACUGAAGAUACGUUUAUGUUUAAUAUUUUAUUUUGUUAUGAUUAGAAGAGACGAAAAUAUUUUAAGUUCAAUUAGUAUUAAGAUGUUUAAUAAAAAUAAUAAAGAAAGCUGGGUCUUGGCCGAUGUACAAGCAAAGGGUUAAUGACAGAGUGUUUAUGGCCACCUAAUUAACCCUUUACUAGGCUGACAUUUCAAAAAUGACAAUUGAAUGUCAGUCUUACUGAUCAAAAAUAGAACACGUUUGAAGUACCGUUUGUGGGAAAUAUAUAUCCCUUAGCCGGUAAAGGGUUAACAUGACUAUUUGAAGGGCCGAUGAUUACAUAGUUUAAUUAGUGACUUUCACUGAGCACGUCUCUAUUAUGCCAUGGAAAAAUAAGUACUAUCUAAGCUUUGACUGCUCGCUCCAUACACCAGUUUCCUUACUUAAUAAUAAUAUGGCUCUAGGAAGAUGAUGACGAUGACUAUUUUCAACAUUCGGGUAGUUUUGCAAAAUAAACAACAAAUACUUGUAAAUUAUUUAUAUAAAAUUUAUAACAAAUUACAUAAGAACGGGAUGACACACAUUAAAGUUAAUGCAUGUGACUUUUAAAAUACUUACAUACAUACUUUCUAUUAUUACAAACUUUGUUUUAUUUUCGGAACAUCCUUCUAUAGAUGAUACAAAAACUAUCCAUAAAUAAAAGUUGGGUGCUAUUCAUUUAUUACGUAAGACGAUUUAAGGGAGAGGGUGGUCGAUCCAAUACCGUCUUUAUCAUAAGGGCACACGGGGUCCGGGCAAUAAUAAAUAGAAGACCAUUGUAGAAAACUGUUAGUUUACUUAAUUAGCUUACUUUGCUUUCCAAAAGGGGCCCAAAUUCUUGAGGCCCAAGGGCCCCGGAGGCCUAGUUUAAGACGGCCUUGUGGAGGAUAUAAGCACAGAUGUAGUGCAUAAUUGUUUUCCAUCGUAUUUUCUCGGAAACGUUCGUAUUUGUCAUGCUAGUUCAGCCAACCUCAGUACUUUUUAUACCGAGACUGACUGAAAUAGCAAGGCAGUUCGUACGUUGCCGUGAAAAUACGAUUGAAAAUAACUACCCACCCAUGCAUCUGUGCUACAUAUAGGAUGGUGGGACGCAAGUGGGUAACUUCUUUUUUUACAUCUCAAAAUAAAGGAAUACUGAUCAGGUUUAUAAUACUUUUAUUAUGAUCAAAUUAUCUUAUUGUAUAUUUAUGAUGUCAUUUGUUUUUCCUGUUCCAUAUAACAAUAAUACCAAUUUAUGUUAUUAUUAUUAUUUAUGCACCUAUCUAUACAUAUAUUUUAUCUUCUAAAGUCACAAGAAAACCGAAACAUAAAACGAUAAAUUUAGAUUUAUGUCAAAAUACAACAUUUUGCCUUACACGAUAUUACUAUAGUUAAAUUAUGAAUAAUGCAGCUUAAAUUUAGCAUAAGCUUUUUAUUCUUUCGUAUAUCUGCCCUGUAUAGCAUUUUUUUUUCAUUAAAAAAUACAAUCAUCAUUCUAGCCUUCAGUCGCCCACUGCUAAGCAUAGGCCUCUCUUCGUGUACGCCACUUAUCCCGGUCCUGGGCUAGUCUCAUCCAAAAGUGCCCAAAAAAAAAAAUUCAAUCAUUAGAGUCAGACCAAGCCAAUUUCUCCAUAGCAUUUGCAAAGACAGUGUGGUAAGGUCAUCAUUGAUGUAAAAUUUCUUUCAAAAUGUGACAUUUAUAAUGACACUCUCUCACUCUGUUCUAACAAAGUCGCUGCAAAGUUAGCUUAGACGGACUCUAAUUACGUUUGAAAAAUGCACUUAGUUUAAUUCCAACACAAGAAGAAAUUAUAUGAAUAGUUGAAAACCUUUGGACGCAAAAAGGGCCUAAGAGCGUCCGCGUCGCUUGGACUGGCGCACGCACGCGGGUGCCAUUGUAGGGAAAAUCCGCCGGAAACGGAAGCGGCUCCUAAAACUAGUGCGAUAAGGACAAGGCGAAAAAUCCCGCGUAAAAAUCUCAAAAAUCGAGCUUUCGUACUCGACUGUUUCCUCCUCCAAAACUUAACCAAUCCUAACCAAACUUGGAAAUCUAAAUGAUUAUGAAAUUAUCUGUGUCGGACCGUUUUGCUAUUUUCGCUAAUUGAUAUCAGUUUUGAAUACUGCGCCUCUCAUUGCGGCAUAGUCAAUUAGGCCAUUUUUGAAGGGCUCUAGCGCCUUAAAAAACAAAAAUAUCAAAAAAAGCAAAACGGUCCGACACAGAUAUUGACAAUAUUAAUUUGUGUUAAAAAAAUCAUUGCUCUAGCAUCAAAACCCACGGAGGAAACAGUCGAGUACGUUUGUAUGGAGAAAUUACCACUUCUGUUGGCUCUUAACCUGCUCCAUGCAACCGCGCGAGCUAGCAGACGCCCUAAAGCAGAACGGGCACACCUUUACAUUCAAUUGUCAGAUCAACCUUACAGUCUACCAAUAGGAGACCGAGCUGAAGGUAAUCAGGAUACUUUUUAAUAUUUAACCCUCGCCGGAAUACACGCAGUGUGGGUUAUUCCCACUAGUUACCACCAAGUUGUUACCAGUGGUAACUACUGGGAAUUUUUUUCCCACCUUUUACCACUGGUAACUACUGGGAAUAUAAAUUCCCAGUAGUUACCACCAACUCGGUUUAGUGGUAACUACUGGGAAUUUUUAUUCCCAGUAGUUACCACCAAAAUUUUGUUAGAGUUAAAUACUAAUAAAAACACUAUAAAUAGUGUAGUAUAAAUAAAUAGAGUUAUUUAAUAUAUAAUUAUAAGUCGAUUAGUGUUUUAGUAAACUCCCUUAAAAGUGACCAAAAAUAUUGAAACAGUUUAACCGGUACUAGUACAAAAACUAUGAUAUAUGUACUAAAGGAUAAUUUUAAUAAUCCAUUUAGAUGAUUUUUCAAGUGAUUUUAUUAGGUAAUUCGAAAUAACUCUAUUUAUACUAUUCAUACCUACUGUUUCUAUUAGUAUUUAACACUAACAAAGUUUUGGUGGUAACUACUGGGAAUAAAAAUUCCCAGUAGUUACCACUAACCCGAGUUGGUGGUAACUACUGGGAAUUUUUAUUCCCAGUAGUUACCAGUGGUAAAAGGUGGGAAAAAAAUUCCCAGUAGUUACCACUGGUAAAAACUUAGUGGUAACUAGUGGGAAUAACCCACGCAGUGUCGGUUCAUAUUGGGUUAUAGCCGCGCGCGUCAUCAGUUAACAUCUUUGGCGGACUGCUGCUGCUGACUAUAUUUAACCCUUUAAUUAAAUACAGUCAGCAGCAGAAGUUGCUAAGCGGGCGAGAUGUUAAAAAUGAUCUUGACUUUAUUUUUAAGAGAACAAGAGCCUGUCGAAAGUAAUUUUGAACACUUCGCCCGCUUAGCAACUUCUGCUGCUGACUGUACCUACAUAAUAUGCCUAUCAUCAUUCAUUUACACACUUCAAAAUGGUUUUUUAAACGUUGACCACCUAGCCCGAUUCCCUUUAGUAAAAAUAAAGACCCAUAAAACAUUCUUGCCUAAUAAAUAACCAAAUCGAACCCAUCCCCUCAAACUUACAAAGUAAAAUGCGAUAAGUUACAAUUUGGCUGGUAAUUAACUUAAUAAACGCACUUGUGCGUUCUCUGCUUUUGUGUUGAAGUUGCAACGCAAAGCCAUUGGCAUUGCAUUUACUUUGUAUUGUAAAUAAAUACGUUAUGUCUUAUAUUUAUAUGACAAAAUUAUCUGAGCUGAUAUAAGCGUGUCGUACUUUGCCGAUUUCUAUAAUUAGUGACUCGCCAAUUUCACAAAUUCAUGGUUGACAUGAUUAGGUAUGACCCGUAUAAUACUUAUAACGUCGCUGAAAUAUAUUAUUAUGCCCUAGACCUUAGUGGUUUAUCGCUUCCAACUCAAAUAAGAGGCGGCGCACGUUAUAAUGUAAGUGGACGUCACAGUGGCCAAGUUACUAUAUUUUAUAUAAAUCGCUUUUUUUGUUUUUGGAUAAAAUCUGAUUGCUUUUAAAAGCUCCUCAUUCUGAACGCAGUAAAUACGAAAUCCCAA